AUGGUGGGUGGGGGGGUUGGUCGUUGGUGGGAAGCGAGAAGGCAUGGUCGCACAUUGGCCUGUGGAUUUUGCAACUCAACGCUAGACUCGGCUCGUCUCUACGGAACUCUCCAAGGCGCCCGUGAUCUGCCCGCCCCAGAUGUCGCAUUGCACCUCAUCUCUCGACUGCAGCGCAACAAGGGCGAUUUGUUUCCUGUGGCGCCAUCCGCAAAAGGGACCCGUUCUAUCUCUCCGUCUUUCCUCUCUACCUCGUCCAAGGCAGAUGCAUGUACAGUAACUUACACCUACCUACGCCUCUUUCAACCGCCUGCGCUGUGGCCGAGCACUACUUGGGCAGCCCGCUUCCAAGGGCUCCAGGGCUCCCAGGGCUCCCAAGCUUCAUCAAUCCACCCAAAAGGACCCACGAACACGUGA